AUGGCACCCACACACAGCAGAAUGUUUUGAUUGCGUCCUGUCCUAGGAAGACUAUCAGCGGGACGUACGGGGACAUAUUUAAAAGGAGUGUCGACUCCUUCUAUUGCUGUCAUCAAUCUAAACAGUCAGUAAUCUUUGCAUAUGCGGACUCAUUUUAAUUGUAAAUACAAAUCUUAACUACAUAGAUCUAAUCAUUCGUGGAAUAGUUGGUUGCAAGCUGUCAUCUAGCGGCUUGGUCAACCGUUCAAUCUGACACUGACAGUUUGCAGCACUUAGGCUAGCUGGUGCUAGCUAUCUACUGCAGCUACCGUACCGGUGGUAGCCUAGCUAAGUUAUACAGCAAACUAGCUAACGUAGCCUGUGAGUGGAGAAAGCAGGCAAACAGCGGUGUGACUGACACACUGGAGAGAGCUGUGCUCCGGAGAGUAGACUAGAUAAUGCUUAGACAUGGUGCCGUCCCAGACGCAUGUCAUGUUGAAGUGGCAGGAGCACCUGAACAGCUCCUGGGCUGCGGAGGACAGCAUCCAGACCUCCACGCGGCAAGGCGCCGCCGGCCUCUAUGCCAAGCUGCUCCACAACAAGGAGGUGGUCGGCCUGUCCGAGCCCGUCCAGGACCUCAUCGGCCCUCGCCUGCCUGAUUUCCAGUACGAGUCCAACGCCGAGGAGGAGAGGGAGGAGUACCUGGGCGCCCUGCUCCACAGCCAGCGCUGCCUGGCCGUGAGGAUGCUGGCCCAGACCCCCUACGCCCUGGGCUUGCACCAGAGACUGCUGGUCCUCCAGAGGAUCUACGACGCCCUCCACAGCAAGUACCACGACCGCUUCAGGUCUCCGCCGCCUCCGCCGACCGCGGCCAGCGCCGAGAGCGCCGCCCUGGAGCCCGUGUCCGAGCCCUGGCUGCCCGGGGGGGCGUCCCGGCCCAAGUCGGGCACGGAUGUUCUGAUCGAGAUGGGCGUGCGCACGGGGCUCAGCCUCCUGUUCGCCCUGCUGCAGCAGAACUGGCGCUACGCCCAGCAGGAGCCCGGGGCGGCGCUGUGCAACGACGUGCUGGCCACCGCCUCCUCCGUCCUGGCCUCGCUGCCGCCGCUCUCCCUGGCUAACGAGAACAAGAUCCCGGCCGUGGGGCUGGACUGCUUGGUGCAGGUGGCAGACUUCCUGAAGAAGACCUCGGUGAGCUGUGGCAGCGGCGGGGCAGACCAGGCGGGACGCAGGCUGGCUCUGGAGCUGCUGCUGGGCCUGGCGGUGCAGAGGGGGUCUCUGCGCUUCCUGCUGGAGUGGGUGGAGGUGGCCCUGGCCACGUCCUCCUCCUCCCUGUCCUCCUCGUCCUCGUCCUCAGGGUCUCCGCAGUCAAAGUCGGAAGCGGGAGUGGGCUACGACCUCAUCCAUCAGACCCUCCUCCAGAUGAGGCAGUACUCGGGCUUCCGGGGUGACUCCCUCAACACUCAGGUGCUGAAGAAGGAUGCAGACGGCCUCUGCAGUCUGUCCCACGUGGCCCUCUGCCUGUUCGAAGAGAUCUGCAACCUGGCCUCCAGCUGCCUGUGCUCUUGCAGCGCGGGCACGGCCGCGCCCGGCACCGACAGCGACACGGUCAUGGUGUACGUGUGGGGCAGCAACAGCAGCCACCAGCUGGCCGAGGGCACCCUGGAAAAGAUCCUGCACCCCAAGCUGGCGCAGGGCUUCAGCGAUGCCCAGAUGAUCGAAGCAGGCCAGUACUGCACAUUCUCCGUGUCGGCUGACGGCUCGGUGAAGGCCUGUGGGAAGGGCAGCUACGGCCGCCUGGGCCUGGGCGACUCCAACAACCAGUCCAUGCCCAAGAAGCUGGUGCUGGAGCCCCCGCGCAGCAUGAGGAAGGUGUCCUCCUCCAAGGGCUCCGACGGCCACACCCUGGCCGUGACGGGGGAGGGGGAGGUGUUCAGCUGGGGGGACGGCGACUACGGCAAGCUGGGCCACGGGAACAGCGCCACGCAGAAAUACCCCAAGAUCAUCCAGGGACCCCUGCUGGGCAAGGUGGUGGUGUGUGUGUCUGCUGGCUACAGACACAGCGCCGCGGUAACCAAUGAUGGAGAACUCUACACGUGGGGAGAAGGGGACUUUGGCAGGCUGGGCCACAGCGACAGCCACAGCCGGAACGUUCCCACGCUGGUCAAGGACGUCAGCGGCGUGGGCCAGGCGGCCUGCGGGAGCUCCCACACGGUUGUCGUGGCGCAGGACGGACGCAUCGUAUGGUCCUUUGGAGGAGGAGACAACGGUAAACUAGGGCACGGAGAUACCAACCGUGUUUAUCGGCCCAAAGUCGUUGAAGCGCUGCAUGGAUUCAUCAUUCGAAAAGUGUGUGCCGGGAGCCAGUCUUCACUGGCUCUGACCUCUGCUGGACAGGUGUUUGCGUGGGGCUGUGGCUCGUGUCUGGGCUGUGGCUCCUCUGAGACCAUCUCUCUCAGGCCACGGUUCAUCGAGGAGCUGAGUGUCACCAAGAUCAUCGACAUCUCUUGUGGAGACAGCCACUGUCUUGCCCUGUCGCAUGAGAACGAGGUUUAUGCCUGGGGCAACAACGCCAUGGGCCAGUGUGGGCAGGGCCACACCUCCACGCCUGUCACCAAGCCCAAGAAGGUGAUUGGUCUAGAGGGAGUGUCCAUCCAGCAAAUCACGGCAGGCACCUCCCACAGUCUGGCCUGGACUGCAGUGCCAACAGACAGGCAGCUGGUGGCAUGGCACAGGCCCUUCUGUGUGGACCUCGAGGAGAGCACCUUCACCUACCUCCGCAGCUUCCUGGAGCGCUACUGCGACGGCAUAGGGGACGAGACGCCCCCUGCCCCCUUUCCCUCGAAGAGGGAACACCACCAGUUUGUCCUGCUGUGUAUGAAGCUGCUGUCCAUCCACCUGUCCCUGGCCCAUGCAGGGGGGACGGGGGCGUCAGUGCUGGGGGCUCAGGGGAGGCCCCUCCGGAACCUUCUCUUCAGGCUUAUAGACUCCAAUGUACCAGACUCUAUACAACAGGCGGUCAUGAACACUCUGUCCAUCGGAGCGUCCCUGCUGCUGCCCCCCCUCAGGGAGAGGACGGAGCUGCUGCACUCCCUCCUGCCCCAGGGCCCCGAGAGCUGGGAGAGCCUCUCCAGAGGACAGCGUCUGCAGCUGGACAUGGUGCUGAACAGCCUCCAGGAGCAGUCCCAUGUGGCCUCCCUCCUGGGGUACAGCUGCCCCGGGGAGCUGACUGCUCAGGGGCCGCCCGCAGCCCCCAGCCCGGACCACCCCGACCGCCCUCCCUCCUCCUCCAGCUCCACGGAGGCCCACGACCACCUCCACCUGGCCGAGGUGCUGCUCAAGACCCUGCUGCUCAGCAUCGGCUUCUACACGGAGCGGGCGUUUGGCGAGCUGGAGAAGAACAGUGAUAAGCAGCAGUCCAGCCAGACCCAGAAGCAGAGUGUUCCUCCCUCUCAUUUCCACCACCUGCUGUCAGCCCUGCACAAACACCUGCUGGCACACUGCUACAUGUACCCCCAUGCAGAGGACGACAGCAGUGUGACGUUGCUCCACAAGCACCUGUGUCUGCUGCUGCCCUAUGCCACUGAGACGUUUCGCAGGUCGUCCGUCCUGCUGGAGGAGAGCUGCCUGGACAAGCACGUCAUCACCAAGCUCCACAUGGUGCUGUUCAGUUCGGUAGCGGGCAGCCUGCUGUGCCAGGUCAUGUACUCCCUGCUGCUGCUGCCCCUGGGCGUGGUGCGUCCUCUGCUCUGCCACCUGCUCACCCUGCUGGAGAACCUCAACCACUUCAGCUGUCUGCUCCCUGACACGGCCCUGCUGGAGGACAAGGAGCUGGAGCUGGAAGGACCAGCCUCAGAUAAAUCAGUGGGAGCGGGGCCUGAUGCUGGAACGAAAGAUGACGGGUGGGUGUGGCUUCUGGACUUGGAGCGAUCAGUGGCGCUGGCGAUUGGUCGUUGCCUGGGUGGGAUGCUGCAGGGCCCGCCUCCGUCCGUCCAGGAGCGGAUCUCCGAGUUGUGGCUUUGUAACCCCCUCCUGACCAAUGGGCUGGAGAUGGACUUUGAAAAGCUAGACUCCAGCACCGCCUGGCUCUCUGAGGCCGUGUUACUGGGCUGCUCUGACGCUAAGCUGACAGACCUGUGUCUGAACCAUGAGAACAGCCUGCUGAUGGAGCUGGCUCUGGGCUCGUCACGGGAGCCUGCCUGCAGCCUGUGGAGGAAGAUGAAGGACUACUCUGCCAGCAGGGACUGGGAAAGCAGCAGCCUCACAGACGACCCCCUGCUGGAGAGCACGUGCCGCUGCAGCCUGGCCGCCCUCCUCAAACACACAGGCCUUCAGGACGAAGCCUACUGGCAGGACAAGUAUGAACCGUGUGAGAUGCUGAUAGAGAUCUAUGAGAUGGUGUAUACGAUCAGGAACACACUUCUGGCCCUCAAAGAUUUGCCGGUGACGUCCGCCAGCACUCAGGCCCUGACCGCAACCAAACAGAGCACGCAGGGCUCCCACAGUCCCCAGGAGGACAGGCAGGAGGCGGGCACCUCCAGGGGGCAGGCAGGGAAAGACCCCGAGCUCUGUGGUCCAGGGGGGCAUCCUGCCCCCGCGGCCCAACACAACCAGGAGGAGGGCCCGGAGGAGGACACACCCAGCAUCAGCAGUAUGUACCUGCCGGAGGUCCUGCAGUGUUUCCUGGCCACGCGGGAGGCCAUGCAGCUGCAGCAGAACGAGACGGUCUACGAGUCGUCGGGGACCUCCACUCUCCCCUGCAGCGCCGAGAGCCCCGGCAGCCCAGAGAGGGAGCCUGUGGGCAGGCCGUGGGACAGGCGGGCGGGGGCCGAGGAGGGCCUGUCCUUCCCCACGUCGUGCCAGCUGGUGGUCUCCCGCUGCGUCUUCCUGCUCCUGGGAGUGCGGCCGGCGUGGCAGGAGCCUCAGGAGGCAGGGAGCGGGCCGGGGGAGAACGCAGGGUCCAGGGAAUCCUCGUCCUCCCCUGAGGCUGUGCUCAGUUCAAAGUCCUCCGAACUCCGCUUCACCACAGAAAGUAGAAAACAGACAACAGACCAGUCCAGAAACUCUACGUCGUCUUUCAAGAAUAAAAUGGGUCUGCCUCUGUGCUCCCUGGGCAUCAUGAAGGACGCCUGGGAGCGUCUGCGCCAGUGCAUCAGCCCCACCACCUCCACCACGUGUCAGGGGGCCUCUGGCGGUUUGCCAGUCCUUAGCCAGGUCUUCCACUUCCUGUGCGAUGGCCUGCUGGAAAGGGAGGAGGGCUGCCAGGCCAACCCCAGUGCCAUCACCCUGGCCAUGGCUCAGCAGCAACAGAGGGCUGAGAUGCGUCUGGAGGCCAUGUGCCAGAUCUCCUCCUUCCUGGCGGAGAUGGAGGAGAAGAGCAGCGGCUCGGCGGGGCCCCCUGGCUUCCCCGGCCUGCUGCAGUCGGUGCAGCUGCAGUUCCUCUCCGGCUGCUUCGGCCUGGCCUCGCCCAUCACCCGCUGCCUGCUAGGAGCCAAUGAUAAGAUGCAGCACUACACUUGUGGCACCCGCUCGGCCUCCAUGGUGGCCCAGAGGGAGCUGCAGGUGGCGGCUCACACCCUCUACCAGCAGGUGGUGCGCGUCCUCAGACAGAAGGUCCUCCUGGACAAGCAGCAGACAGGGUCCUCCCAGCACCUGCUGCUGGCGACGGUGUUUGUUCUGAACCUGAACUACCAGCCCGUGGACCUGGUGGUGGUCAUCAAAUGCGGCAUCCUGGAGAUCCUGUCCGCUCUGACCAACAACACGUGCGUGCUGAUGAACCAGCGCUGGCUGGCCGCCUCCGUUUCGGGCCACCUGCUGCUGAGCGGCGCCGUGAAGCUGGCGUGCGCUCGCCUGCUCCAGAUACUGGCUAUGGCCGCCAGCUCCUGUGAAGAGGCGCUGCCCGUGGACGUGUCCCAGUCUUUGAUGGAGGUGAUGUGUGACCACCUGCAGAGUCUCCUGCACUCUGUCCAGCUGCAGCAGGACUCAGAGACGGGCGCCGGCGAGGAGGGGGAGGUGGAUGGCGGGGCCAGAAAGCCCCGGGCGAAAGGGACUGAGGUGGCAAGGAGCAGUCGCAUCAUUGAGUCUCAGCUCGCUGACUUCCUGGUGUUUCUGCGGCGCAUCCUGUCGCUGCGCGUAACCAAGAGGAUUUCCCCCUGCGCCAAGUGGAUCGAUCCUCUGAUGACGAUUAUCUCCCACAAGUGCACUUCGGGUUCGCCACAUUUUCAGAAUCUCCGAACCAAACUACUUGCAUUCCACAUCUUGGAAGGCCUGUUACCCGGGUGUUCAGACUCGGCACAGAUUCAACAGAUUGUUGAUCAACUGUUUGGGCUGCUGUCUGCCUAUAUGUGGGAGGAGUCGUUAGCCACAAAGAAGAAUCAAGAAAAGACAUCUGAGAGCCAUAUCAAGGAGGCCGUCAGCGACGAUGAAUGUAUCCCCAUUGGAGACUUCUCCUUCGACCCCUACAAGCUGAUCUGCUGCUCCCUGGAGGGUGGGAGGGUCCUCUCCCACGGCUCGGGGGGGAAGGGUUACGGCCUGGCCACCACCGCCAUCACGUCAGGCUGCUUCCUCUGGAAGUUCUACAUCACCAAGGAGAACAAGGGCAACGAGGGCACGUGCAUCGGUGUGUCGCGCUGGCCUAUCCGAGACUACAACCACCGGACCACCACCGACAUGUGGCUGUACCGGGCGUACAGCGGCAGCCUGUACCACGGUGGCGAGCUGGGCCGGGCCCUGCCCUCCUUCACCCAGGGAGACACCAUCACCUGUAUCCUGGACAUGGAGGCCAGAACCAUCUCCUUUGCCAAGAACAACAAGGAGCCCAAGCUGGCCUUUGAGGGUGUGGAUGCUACAGAGCUGUAUCCCUGUGUCCUGUUCUACAGCAGUAACCCUGGAGAGAAAGUGGCCCUGCGAGACCUGCAGAUGCGAGGCAUGCCAAGCGACCUGCUGCCCGGGGAGCCCCUGUGCAGCCCCAGGGCCACCGUGCUCCUGGAGGCCACGGUCCAGCUCCUCCGCAGGCUGCACCCCUGCACCCCCUGGACGCCCCACCUCAACCAGCACAUGCAGGCCCGCCUGGAGCUCAUCGGCCCCCUGAUGAGGGACGGCCGCCUGGGCAGCGCCAAGCAAGAUGACAGGGAGAGGGAGCAGGUCCUGGGGGAAGGGGGAGCGUCAGACGUGGGGGUGGAGGGCCCCUCCAGCCUGUCUGAGGAGCAGCUGGGCGCCCUGUGUGCCGAGGUGUGGCCGGCGCUGGCCGUGAUCGGAGGGGUGGACAGCGGGCUCCGGGCGGGGGGGCUGUGCCUGCACAAACCCAGCGGCCGUCGGGCCACCCUGCUGGGGGUGCUGAAGGAGGGAAGCCCCCUGGCCAAGCUCCAGUGGGAGGAUGCUGAUCUCUCUGUCAGCUUCCUCACUUCUUGGUCACCCAGCGACACGCCGCUCUCCUCCCUGGAGCCCUGCGGCGUGGCCCAGGGGGACGUCAGCGCCCUCAUGGAGCUCAAGCCCUCCGUCCUGCUGGACCUGAUCCUCCUGACCGGCCUGCUGGAGGAGCAGGACGGGGGCCGGGGUCGCCCCCCUCCGCCUCGCCCCCCCGGGGGGAGACGCUGUUCCCAGGAGGAGGGCGUCCCCCGCGGCGAGCUGGAACGGCGCCUGGACGAGGACAUAGCCCGCGUGAUGUCCGACGAUGAGGGCUGCGAGCAGAGGGCGGACCAGACGGACCCUUCUUCUCCCCCUCCCCCUCCCUCCCCCAAAGCCACCAGUGAAGCGGCUGAUGAGCAGGAGAUCCCCUCGUGCCCCCCGCCUCCCCAGGCCGUCCAGCUGGCCAAGCCGGACGUCUUCUCCCUGGAGCUGAGAGCUGUCCGGGCCUCCUACCUCCUCCUGGGGGCCCUGAAGUCCCUGGCCGCCAUCCUCACCUGCGGGAGGUUCACCGACCAGCUCCUGGUGGCUCCACACGACCCGGCCUCCGCCGGGCCCAGAAGCCCCGAGAAGGCCAAGGAGGAUGGCGCCGAGCUCCAGUCCGUCCUGCAGUUUGUGGUACGCAGCAUGGUGAAGUGGGCCGUCCGCCCUUGCCCCAUCAGGCAGAGCGUGUCGCUGGCGGAUCUGGAGAGAGCUCAGAUCAUGAUCUACAAGGGAGCGCUGAACAGGUCACAAGACAAAGGAAGCAAAGAUCGGAAAGGGUCGGGCCCCCGCUCCUCCUCCCAGCCCGUGUCCAAGUCCUCCAGCUCGGUGUCCCUCUACAGCACGGGCUCCGAGGGCACGGCCGUGUUCGGCCAGUCCAACGGCGCCUCGGCCUCCUCCUCCACCAACGACCUGGCCGCUUCCCUGCUCACGGCGCUGCAGGCCGACAGCCUGGACAACUUUAACCCCUUCCUUCCCAUCAACCUCCUGCAGCGGAUGGUGCUAGCACGGUUCCCCACGCUGGCCGGCCUGGUCCAUAGCCCCCCUAUGCUGCACCCAGGCUUCAGCCUGGCCAGCUCGGCCUCCUGUGAGGCCUUCACAGAGCAGCAGACCAGCUUCUUGGAGCCGGGCCACAGUAGCACGCAGGCCAGGAGCAGCGUGGAACGACCUCAAAUGUUUGUCCCAGUACGCUUGCUAGAGAUGGGCUUCUCCAUGAGGCACAUCUACAGGGCCAUGGAGGCAGCAGGGGUGUCGGGCGAGGUGGACUCCCGCACCAUCGAGGUGUUGGCCAGUUGGAUGCUGGAGCACCCCCUGGUGGAGGAGCAGCUGACGGAUGAAGGCCCGCCCCCGGGGGCCCUCAUUGACACCCCCUCCCCCGAUGGACCAGAGACUGUGCAGUGUCCUGAGGGGCCCAGCAGUGAACCCAGCGAGAGUCUGCUGGCAGGCCUGGACCUGGUGGAGCGAGAGAACUUUCUGGAUGUUCACCUGACUAGGAACAGGCCUCCCCCAGCCCGACGGCAGCGCCACCCCACGUCAGGCCUGGGACAGAGGACCUCCUUCAGGAGAGCAGACUCUCCGUCCCCCAACCCCAUCCCUCCCUUGUACAGGCAGGACCCAGGAGGUUCAAACUGGCCAGAACAGGCGGAGACGCACCCCUACGCGGCAGAGGAGGAGUCUGAGCUGGGCUACAUGGAUGACCCGUACCACGAGGAGCCCUACGAGGAGCUGCUGACCCCGGAGUUCAUCAGCUCAGAGAGGGACACCCUCUGGAUGGUGGAGGGUGGGGAGGAGCACCACGAGCACCAUGAGAUGGUGGAGUGUGAGCUGUGCAACACUCUCACCCUGCAGUUCAACACCCACAUGAAGCGCAACCACCCGGGCUGCGGGCAGAGCGCCGGGCGGCGGGGCUACCGCAGCACGGGGGCCUACGUGGACGGCUGGUUUGGGGGCGAGUGCGGCUCCGGCAGCCCUUACUACCUGCUGUGCAGCACCUGCAGGGACAAGUAUCUCGCCGCCAACCUGGGAGAGCUGGGCUCCAAGCACGACAGGAUGAAAGGCCACGCCUCUGAUCUGAUUGGUCGUUUGGACAGUACCUCAGACGACGACUGGGAGCUGGGUCACCAGGGGGACUUUGACGCUGAGCGCCUCACAGGCCUGGAGGACUUUGGCCUGCUCCUGAGCCCCCUGGGCCUGAGUGAGAAGAGGAUGCUCCCUGAUCCCAUCUCCUUCUGUGAGGCCGACCCCCUGGGAGCCAUGGUCAACACCACCAGCAACACUGAGAGGGCCCUGGUCCACAAAGGGGCGGCCAGUGCUGAGCAGAAGGGCCCCCUCAGUCUGGGGGAACAGGCCUCCUUGCUACGAGACCCCCAGGACAGACUGCAGGCUUUGAGGAGGGUGACGUCCACAGCCCAGAUCCUGCUGGCCUACAGCAUGGUGAUGAGGGCCCUCUCCCAGACCUCCUCCAGUGCCUCCGUGAGUAGUCAGUCCAGUGGCCUGGAGGCCCUGGGCCUGGCUGACAUCCGUAUCCUGGUGCGUCUCAUGUGCUUGGCGGCGGCCGGCCGGGUCCACACGGGGGCGGGGCAGCAGGGGGCGGGCAGGGGGGCCAGCAGCGAGGGCAGCAGCUCAGCCUUCCUCAGCUUCCUCAGCUCAGCGAUCGGCAGCCUGGUCUCCCACAGCGCCUGUGCCUACAGGGAGCUGGUGGACAUCUGCACACAGGACCUUAUUGCAGCGGCCACAGGGAUGAACCUGGGGGCCAUUAGUGACCCUCAGCAGAGGGCUCGUCUGAAGGGGGGGUCCCAACAGCAGCAGCGAGACUACAGGGAUCUGACCUUGGCCAUGACCCCCCCCAACUUCCUGGUCACCCAGAGCCUGGUGUGUCUGCUCACAGAGAAGGGCGUCCGCUACCGCUACAGCGGGGAGAGGAUAGAACAAGAGCUCAAAGACGUGGGAAGUCCAGGACCUUCGGCGAGCGCAGCUUCUCCUCCCCCCCCGGCUGGGGCGAGGGUGGGGCCCCUGGAGCUGGCCAACGCCCUGGCAGCCUGCGCCCUGUCCGCCAGGCUGAGCAGCAAGCAUCGUCAGUGGGCGGCCCAGCAGCUGGUCCAGGCCCUGGCCGCGUCCGAGAGGGACAACCCCCCACGUCCCCAGACCUACAGCGACAUGGCCGGCGACCUGCGCAAAUGUCCACUCAAAAAGUUGGAGGGACACCAUGGCAGGGUCACCAGCUGCUUGUGGAGCAAGGAGCAGGGCGUGCUGGCUACGGGCGCUCAGGACGGGACGGUGCGGCUGUGGGACGUCAGCCAGCACAGCACAGACCUGCUGCGCACGCUGUCCUGCAGCAGCAGUGAGGACAGACAGAGUUCAGAGAGAGCGGGCGGGGCCCACCUGGUUUCCCCCGUCUACUGGAGCGCCGGGGGAACCCUCCUCGCCGCCUUCCACAACAAACUCAUCCACAUCUGGGCCAUUAGCGGAACUGAGGGUCACGUGGAGAACCAGACGUCCUGGGUGACGGCCCUGGGCUGGGUGCAGACCUCCAGCCCCUUCCCUGGACAGGCGGGCGUCUGUCCCGACAGCCCAGCAGAGAGCCUGCUGGUGGGCCGGCUGGACGGCUCCCUCUGCUGGCUGCAGGUGUCUCUGCAGGACCUCCACACCGACAGCACCGAGCUGACCCUUUGUCACAGGAAAGAAGCCCCUCAAUGUGUGGCUUGGCACAGUGUGGACAAGCCCUUUGCAGUGGGCUAUCCCGACGGCAAGAUCCUAUUGGCCUGCGCUGGAUCCUACGAAACUGAUCAGCCCCUGCUGCUCUCGGCCUUCCCCGAGUGUGUCAGUGCCCUGCGGUGGGACCCUACAGGCCACCUGCUGCUGUCCACCGGCCGCUCAGAGGUGGUGAAGAUCUGGGGGCGCACGGGGGGCGCCUGGACCACCCUGCACUCCCUCUUCCACACGGGCAUGGUCAACGUGGUGGAGUGGAGCCUGCUAGCGGGCAGAGGGCCCGAGCCCAGGCUCCUGAUGGCAGCGGGCUGCCAGAAUGGUCUCCUGUAUGUCUGGACACUGCCUCAAGGGGGCACUAGCGUAUCAGUUCCCAACUUCCUCAGCGGUUCGUCCAGCCAGGAGAAGAGUGCUGCCGUCAAGCGGGGCAGUGCAAAGUGUGUGUUCAGACUGAGCGGGCACAUCACAGCAGUGAAGACCCUCUCGUUCUGCCCCAGCGGCCUUGCCCUGGUCUCUGGAGGGAUCGGAGGCUUACUCAACAUCUGGUCUCUACAGGAUGGUUCAGUCCUUCAGACUGUGGUGACAGGCCUGGGCUCAGUGGUCAAUACCACCUGGAUACCAAAUGUAGGGGUGGCUGCCUGCUCCGGGAGGUCUAAGGAUGUUCUGUUGAUCCUUUGCAACACUGACUGGAUGUCCCAGAAUCACGUGCUGGCUUCCUGUCGCACUGUGCUGAGGACCCAGGGCAUCCUGGGGCUGAGCCGGGCCCCGUGCAUGGCCGUGUUCCUGGAGAGGCUCCCUGUCCUGCUGCAUGAACAGUACAGCUACGAGAGGAGCCAUGUGAUGGCGGGCGACCAGCUGGUCCACAGCCCCUUCCUCCAGAGCCUGGCCUCUCUGACAGUAGGACUGUCUCUGGAGCAGCACUUGUGUCGCAGCCCUCGCCCCCCCCACCACGCCGGCCUGGACACGCCGCCCUGUCCCCAGGAGUGGACGUGGCUCUUCACCUUCGCUACCACCGUCAGGACGGCCGAGGCCAUCGCAAGGGGACUCGCAUUCCCAGAAUCCUUCACUGUUCCCCAGUUCCAAGAAGCGGGGGCCACUGAGAUCUCCAAACCCCUGGACAACAGCAAGUGGAGUUUCAUGAUGGACGAACAGCUAAUGUCUUGGGCCACCACCAGACCUGAGGACUGGCAGCACGGCGGGAAGAGCGAGGUGUACCUCUGGGGCAACGGGCGCCACGGGCAGCUGGCAGACGCAGGGACCAACCUCAUGGUGCCCACCCUCGCCCCCUCUCUGUCCCAGACACAACAGGUUGUGUGUGGGCAGAACUGCACCUUCCUGGUGCAGGCUAACGGGACGGUGCUGGCCGUAGGGGAGGGCAGCUACGGCAGACUGGGCCAGGGCAACUCUGACGACCUCUACGCCCCCACCAUCAUCUCCGCCCUGCAAGGCUACGUGGUGACCCAGCUGGUGACGUCGUGCGGCUCUGACGGCCACUCCCUGGCCCUCACAGAGACAGGGGAGGUGUUCAGCUGGGGGGAUGGCGAUUACGGCAAGCUGGGCCACGGGAACAGCGAGAGGCAGCGGAGGCCCAAACACAUCGAGGCUCUGCAGGGGGAGGAGGUGGUGCAGCUGGCCUGUGGGUUUAAGCACUCUGCCGUGGUCACGGCCGAUGGCAAGCUGUUCACCUUUGGCAGCGGAGACUCGGGCCGCCUGGGUCAAAGGUCAACUUCCAACAAGAUGCUGCCUGAGAGGGUGGCAGCGCUGGAGGGCUACCACGUAGGGCAGGUGUCAUGUGGUAUCAACCACACUCUUGUGCUGUCCUCUGACGGCAUGACCGUAUGGGCGUUUGGAGAUGGUGACUAUGGCAAACUGGGCACAGGGCUCUGCACUGUCAAGUGUUACCCUCAGAAAGUGGAGCCUCUGUGUAACAAGGGAAUAAGGAAAGUUGGUUGUGGAACCCAGUUCUCGGUGGUCCUGGCCAAUGACGGACACGUGUACACCUUUGGGCAAGAGCGUUUGAUUGGCCUGCCAGACUCCAUGCUAAAGAACCACAACCGGCCCCAGCUGGUGCCAGCGCUGGAGGGGGUGUUUGUGGAGGACAUUGCAGUGGGCUGUGAGCACGUCCUGGCCCUCUCCUCCACUGGUGAUGUUUACGCCUGGGGCUGCAACUGUGAGGGUCAGUUGGGUCUGGGCCACUCCAACCCAGUGAAGGAGCCCAGCCUGGCCACAGCUCUUCAGGGGAAGAGCAUUCGACAGAUCUCUGCUGGCCGCUGCCACAGCUCAGCGUGGACCACGCCCUCCGCCAAGGCCUCAGGCGCCUCUCUCCAGUUGGGCCUGCCCCAGAGUAUCCCACCUCAGUACAACGCUCUGAAGGACUGUAGCCCCAAGGUCCUCAACACGCGCCUCCGGGUCCUUUUCCACUUCUCCGACCUCAUGUACAAGUCCUGGAGACUGCUCAACCUGGAUCCACGCAACCAGCUGUCGUCAUCCCGCUACAGCUCAGGGACGGCAGCUAUCGUCCAGGGCCAGCUGCGGGGGCUCCUGUCCCCCAAGGUCAACACCCUGCCCCUAGUCCGCUCCAUCGGAAGGACCAUGACCCAGGGCAAGACCUACGGACCCCAGAUCACCGUCAAGAGGAUCUCCACCAGGGGCCGCUCCAGCAAGCCCAUCUUUGUGCAGAUCGCCAGGCAAGUGGUGAGCCUCAAUCCCCUGGAGCUGCGCCUGCCGUCCCGGGCCUGGAAGGUGAAGCUGGUGGGGGAGGGGGCCGACGACGCGGGCGGGGUGUUUGACGACACCAUCACGGAGAUGUGCCAGGAGUUGGAGUCGGGCGUGGUCGACUUGCUCAUCCACACCCCCAACACCUCCACUGAUGUAGGCAGCAACACUGACAGGUUCCUGCUGAACCCUGGGGCAGUGUCUGAAGAGUACAUGGUCCAGUUCCGCUUCCUGGGGAUCCUGAUGGCGGUGGCCAUCCGCACCAAGAAGCCCCUGGACCUGCACCUGGCCCCAUGGGUGUGGAAGCAGCUGUGCUCCAUCCCCCUGGGCGGCGCCGACCUGGAGGAGGUGGACCUGCUCACCUACCGCUCCCUGCUAGGCAUCCUGCACCUGGACAACACGGGCAUCACAGAGGACAACUUCCCUGUGAUGAUUCCCCUGGACUCGUUUGUGGCCCACAGCGCUGAUGGGACGCUGGUGCCGGUGGUCCCUGGAGGCCAGCACAUCUCCUUGACCUUCUCCAACAGGACAGAGUACGUGGAGAGGGCUCUGGAGUACAGGCUGCACGAGAUGGACAGACAGGUGGCAGCAGUGAGAGAAGGCAUGUCCACCAUCAUCCCCGUGCCCCUCCUCUCCCUACUCACGGCUCGGCAGCUGGAGCAGCUGGUCUGCGGCUUGCCGGAGGUCUCCGUGGAGAUGCUGAAGAAGGUGGUGCGCUACCGUGACAUCACCGAUGGCCACCAGCUGAUUGGUUGGCUGUGGCAGAGCCUUGAGGAGUUCACCAAUGAGGAGAGGGUGCUCUUCCUGCGCUUCGUAUCGGGCAGGUCCAGGCUGCCGUCCAACCCUGCCGACAUCACUCAGAAGUUCCAGAUCAUCAAGGUGGACAGGCCCAUCAAUGGUCUCCCCACCGCCCAGACGUGCUUCUUCCAGCUGCGCCUACCUCCCUACACCAGCCAGGCCAUACUAGCCGAGCGCCUACGCUACUCCAUCCACAACUGUCCCUCUAUAGACAUGGAUAACUACAUGCUGUCAAGGAACACAGAGCCUGCGGAGGGCUCCGACACUGAGUACUGACUCUAGCUGACACACAGGAACAGGUCAACAUGGCUCCCAUUACUUGAAAGCACAAGCUUGCAGGUUGUCUUUUUUGUUGUUGUUGACUCCUCUCUUGUUUUCCUUAUUAUUGUUGUUAAUAUUAUUAUUAAUAAUAAUGUUUUGGUGCAAUAUUCCUCUCACUGAGCACUCUGCCAGUGAGGUGACAACGAACUCGAGGGCGUUCUGAUGGGACCCCUCCCUCCCAACUGUGCUCUGGUUGUCAACAUACCUUUUUGUUGCUGUUACUAAGCAUUUUAAUAAAGGAUUCAAGCCGUUUCUGCAUGGUACAGAGUUCUAUAGACUUUGUUCAAGGUCUUUUUUUUGUUUUAUCAAGACGGUGCAUACUCUCCUGAAACAUUUAUUUAAGGAAAACUGCACUAAGACAUCGCCUGAAAUGGCAAGAAUUACUAAACCUGCUGGAGGAAAUGUGAUUCUAUCAGUGCUACUAUUGUGUAUAGAAAAGCUGUGAAUAAUGACUGUCCUUUAUUUCCAUGGUUGGCAUGACCUGACAUAAUGUCAGGUUCUAGACUACAGUACUGUGGUACUAUGUCCUUGGCAGACGUAGAAAACAAAGCAUACACCCAUUUCUUUUUUGUCUGGUUUAUACUGACCUUGUCAGGCUGCAGGCUUUAGAACUCAAUGUCAGAGUGACAUGCCUGCGGUAUGGAAGUGUCAAUCAAGCAAUCAUGUGACUGACACCAAUGUCGGCGAGAGUGAGGCAGUGUUGACACACUGAUAAUGGGUCGAAUCCCGAUGGAAUUUAUUUUGACUGUUUGCGGUGUGUCGGAUUUACGUAAGUUUGUAAUUGAAACAGUGGAUUUGCUAAAGCGGUGCAAACUCACUGGGCUGCACUGAGAGUCAAAUCAGGUGCACCUUGACGGAUGUGACAGACGAGUCAGUGCUGUUGCUGACAUUAGGUGUGGAAGCCAACGAGCCUCAAUCCAUGUGAAGGGACACACAUACAUUACAAACACAAUGUAUUCUGACCUGUACUAUGAAUGUAUGUCCAGCAAUGCCACGCACAUAUGCACUCAACAGAUUAUCUUUUGCCAAAACUGUACUGUACUGUAUAAUUCUUUGUAGCUACGUGAUCAAUGGGUUUUGGCAUUUCUGGCAGUUGUGAAAAGUAUGGUGAAACAACAAAUGCUUUCCCCCUACAAGGAUGGGGGGAUAUGAGACGUAUUUGAACACAAAGGUCAAGCUAUAGGCUACCUAUAGAUUAGACUCUGCAGGCUUAGUAUACCAUUCAGUUUAUUAUUUGAAAGCUUGGUUUCAAACAUGCGUGGAGAUGAGAGACCCAGCCACCUCCUUCUGUAUUGAGGCUUCAAUGACUGUGCUGUGUGCUGUGUGCUUUAUUAUAUAGUGUACAAUUGAGUUUUGAUAUUUAAGCAUUAUCAGGUGUUUUCCCAGGAAGGUUUUGGAAAUGUUUUCUUUCUGCUUUUUUUUCUCUUUCUCUUUUUUUUUUUUUUUUUUUUACUCAAUGAUUCGAUGCUCCUGACAGAGAAACUGGAUCUUUACAUAACAGUGGAAUGGAUUGUUUUGGUUGUUGUGAUGUAAAGUGUGACACACUUUAGAACAUGUGUACACUUGCUUGUGCAGAACAAAUAUAUAUAUUAAAGUGGAAUUCUGACUUAAAA